AUGCCAUGCGACUGCUGUAACCCUGACAUGUACUGCUGCGACAAUCCUUCGUGCGCCUACAACAAGCCGAGAGAGGGCUACGGCGACAACGUCGUUGGUAGUUUUCAUAACCAUUCCACCUCCUGGUGUGGGGACCUCGAGUCUCAAGAGAGCGAGCAGCCUGGAGACAGCCACAAGGAGCUGAUCAACCAGAUAUUGCCGACAGCGUCUCAAGACAGGGCAGACCGUCCCAUACAGACCGGCGAGACUCAACCCGGUCGGCUGCCCGAACAGACCCAACUGGCAGAACCCCGAGGCGAUACCCUCGAUAUUGAUUCUCUGCGUGAGAGGCUUGGUCUCCUGGAGAUCAGCGUUGCUGACACCGAUCGAAGACCAACAAACCACAGACAAACCAAAGGUGAAGCAGCCCGAAAACUUGUUAAUUCCAGAACCAAGCGUGAUGCGUUGCUCGAUGUCCACGGAGACAGCCAGAACGAGGUCAUGGCAGAGCCCACCCAACAGGUCACCGGCCUCAAGGAGGGCUUCGCAAAGGUUGUAGAGGAUCCGAUGCAACAGCAGUUGAAAGGUCCGAUGCGCCGCACGAAAGGAUCCUUGAGUGAUGAGGCGGACAUUCUUCGCGCAGAUCUUGAACAGCAUACACGUAUGACUGCCGCUUCCGAGAACCACGUUGCCAGACUCAAGUUGGACGUAGCUCAUCGUGAUGAAAGAAUCAGCCAACUCGAGGAUGAGCUCGAAAAGAUCAAGAUUUCUAGUGAGAAGCGCAUGAUUGCUCAAUACCAGGAUCUUCAACCGACGAUUAUGGAGUUGAGAGAUGAGCUACAGCUAAAGGAAGAGGAAUUGGGCGCCCAGGGGGAGCAGAUCAAGAGGCAGAGCGAUAUCAUCGAAAACCAGAACGAAGAGAUUGCUUACCUCCAGCACACAGCCGAUAACCUCGACGACGAGCUAGACAAGGUGCAUGCGAAUAAUGCCAAUCUCGCGCAGGCCAUGACAGCUGAGACCAGCAAACUGAAAGAUAAGUUCGCAUGCAUGACGGAAGAGACCUCGAAGCUGCAGGAUCAGCUCAAGGUCAAGGACUCUGUUAUUGGUAUGCUGGCCGAGAUCACCAAGGCUUCCCGAUUGGACCCUGGCACAGACUUGUGUGUGGUGGGAUACCAAGUGGACCAGAUCGUCCAGCAGGCUCUCGAUUCCCAGCAAUCGCCUUGCCAUUCAAUGAGGGAUGACACCUUGGGCAGGAUGACCAAAGAACUUAUUGCGGCAAGUGCGCAGGUCACCAGACUGGAACAAGACCUUGAGGACAAGAAGCUGCUCGAAGAACGGCUGCAGGGGGCCCAGAAGGCACAAUCGUCCUUGCAGAACCAACUCCAGAGGACCAUCACCGGACGCGACGAAACCGAGGCCACCAUGAAAGGCGACAUCGCCCAGAUCACCAAGAAGCACGAGCAGUCCCUGGCGGCCAUGCAGAUCAAGGACUUCCGGAUCAACCACCUCCUGGGCCAGAUCGGGACGCAGGCCCACGCACUGGAGAACGCCCAACGAACGUACUGGGGCUUCAUGGUCGCGGCCAAAGCCCACGUCGACGGGCUGGAGCAGAAGGCGGCCCGCCUGGCCAAGCAGGCCGCCGCCGCCGAGCGCGAGCUUGCCGCCACCGCGCAGACGCUGUCGCAGCAGCGCGACGCCAACCGCCAGCUCUCGCAGCAGGCCCAGCAGAAGGCCGGCCUCGCCCGCCUCAAGUACGUCGAGGCCUGCCGCCUGACGGGCCAGAACGCCGAGCUCGAGGCUGCCGUUGCCGAGCUGCGCGGCCAGAGCGCGGCCCUGGCUGAGGAGGUGUGGCGGCUCCGGGCGGGCGUCGAGCUUGUCGACGCCACUGCCUCCGAAGAGGAGGGGGGCGAAGAGGACUCGGAGGACCUGGAAGUCCGGGACGAGAGCGAGACCGAGGACGAGGAUGAGGUUGGCGAUGAGGAUCAGUGCCAUGGCUCGGAGCAGCCCGGCUUCGAGCUCGUCGAGCUGGCGGGUGCAGAGCACGGUGGCAGCCAGGACGAGGUCCUCGGCGAGGCGCCCGAGAUCCUGCGCAACCCAAUCAGUGAGGUGGUCGGUUUCGACGGCCCGCGCGGCAACGCCGUGUCCCUAGAUCCCGAGAUUGGCGGGCGUAGGGGCCCUUUCUUUAUUCUCUAG